UUUCACCCCAAGAUGGCGGUCGUGUCAAUUCUGUAUGCCAUUUCAAGUCAUCGUUAAUCUCACCAUUAAAAUUGGACUCAGAGUGUGCAAACUUAACAUAGAAGAUCACAGGAAUGCCGACUGUAGAUAAAGUAGGGAAGUAUGAGAUAGAUGGACAAAAGAACCCGGGAAAUAAUGAGACGCCAUCUGCACCACAAAGUGGUCAAAAUGUCAGCUGGAGUCUUAGUAAAAGCAAAAAGUCGCCAUUGGAGAGGUCGGCGUUCAGUGAAACAGAUCUGAAAGCAAAACUAGCUGCAAAGGAGGAAGGUGUUCCUUUAAAAGGGAAAGUUGUAACUCAUUAUUCCGAGAGUGAUGUACAGCUGGCAAAGUUGGAUGUUCCCUUAUUCGAGGACUCAAGAUCAGAAAUUAGUGGAAGUUCUGGUUUGGCAAUUGUGCCUUAUUUUGAUGGAAGAAGUUUAGUGUCGCAAGAGAGUGGACAAGAUCUUGUCCUUGCGCACCAUGAGGUAGCUGCAGUGGAAAUUCACGACAAGGACAAAUUGGAAGAAGGGAGAGGUACAUUUCUCUUUAUAGUUAACAGCCUUCAUUCAUCUCAGGGCUACAAUCAUUCAAGGGACACAAAUACCGGUUUAAACUAAGAAAUGCUCCUAUUAUUUUUGUAUUUGAUAUAUUCAGUGAAGGUAUACCUCUCAUUACUGGCAUUUUGUCUUCAUGUACACUGGAGAUCCUGUGAAUGGAGGUUCCACUGUACAUGUAAGCCUACAGACACCUCCAAUUGUGAUCUCAACAGUUGAUGUUGACCCCCUGGACUGUUUUAAAAGCUGAAACAGAUGUUUGCACUCUAAGCAAACAAAUUCAUCAGGACCUAGUAGUUCAAAGGGCUGGUAAUACUAUCCCCUGGAUGCACCGCCAUCCAGCAGAUACAUAGGUGGUAACAAAAGUUAUGCACUAUCCUCCUGAUACAGUGGAAAGUGUUCUCCACCCUUUGAUAAGGGUCUGAUUGACUCAUAUCUUGCCUGGUUAUGACCCCAGGGACCUGUUUCAUGAAAUUUUCAGUACACUUUAUAUUUUAAAAUCUAAAUGUAGGAAUUUUUUUUAUUUUCAUCUAGGAUAUGAUGUUGCCCAAGUACCAGAUAAUGAAUAUUAAUACAUAUGAUAAAAAGUGUUCCCAGGGUCUAAUUUUGCAUGAUAUAAAUUAUUCAUACACUAAUGUUAUCAUGUAAUGUCAUUAAUACACUUUUAAUUAAACUUCUCCAGACAUUGUUCCUUCACUCCCAGAGGGAUGGCCACAAUUUAGAAACAGAUCAUGGCGACGCAGAAGCUGCGAACUGGUGAAAAGUACAUCCUCAUGUGUUAGGAAAGCAGUUUCCCAUCUACAUAAACUGCAAGACCUGAUUGAUGCAUUCUACAUGACUGAUCUUCCAGAUGAAAAGGAAAAAAAUGGCAGGCAAAGAUCCAGUGUAGUAUUAGGUAAUCCAGAACUGCUUUAAGCAGGUGACUGUAUUAAAAUAGGCAUGGCCCUAAGUACUACUAUAGGGAAUAAGAAAAUCAUGAGGUUCCUUCAGAAAUUGUGCACAUCAGCCACUCUAUCACCAGGCUACAGUAGAAUCAUGCAUGUAAUUUGGAUGUGCAAGUUUAAAGGGAGUCUACAGAGGCCUUGUGCACUUAUUGGUUUUUUUUCUUUUUUAACACAAGUUCUUUUGAUUAGGUGUCAAAUGUGUUGGUGGUAUAGCAUGAGGUUUUGUCCUCACCACAAAAGUUUAAUGUCCAAAUUUUUAAAAAAACCUCUGGAUUUGCCUCAGCUCAUUGUUAUAUUAUGUUACAUGUAUGUACUAUAAAACCCUUCGGAUUUGAGAAAUUGCAGCAGGAAAUCAUACAAUUGUUUUCCUUUCAAACAAGUCAUGAUACAUUUGAUCUAGACUUAUCAAAACUCCAGCUAAUGUCUUAUUAUAUUUUGUUUCCAGACUUAGAUGCUAAGGAUAAAGAGGAACUAUUAGAAAGUCAAGGUCCUCUUGAAGAUUCAACCCAUUUAUCCUCAGCUAGUAGCCAUGGCAGACGCAUCCGCUGGCUUCUUAGCUCAGCAUCCCUUGGUAACAUUGAUGAGGAAAUGACAUCAGUUGAACCAAGGCUGGAGUCCUCUGCCAGUGGUGCUACUUUAGAGGUCAGGAAUACAUGUAUAUACAACUUAUAAGGAAGUAAAAGCAUGGUAAUUACAAGGAUACCAAGAAUUUUAAUUAAUUUUGUCAUUUCAAGAAUGGAUCAACAUUUUUAUAUCAAAAUCUAUUUACAUGAAUUAACGAUUAGGCAGUUGGUGGAGUUUGAAAGGCAGGCAGGAAGAAUAGUCCACUUUACAGUUGUGUGCUUGGUUGCCAAGCUUUUGAACAGGAACGAAGCUGAGGGUGACCUUGUUAUGAUACAAACAUUGCUGCUUUUCAAAUGAAAAUUACUUUGUUAUCAUGCCAACUAGAUACUGGUCUCUAUCAUAACAAGGUCACCUUCAGCCUCACUCCAAAUCAGAGGCUUGGCAACUAAGUACACAACUGUAAAAUGGCCUAUUUGCCUUACAAAGUUCUUAUUUUAAGGGAUAUUCAAAACAUCCUGCACAAUAAUCUUUUUGUUUUGCUGUCAUUAUAGACAGUGCUAAUGUGGAAAGCCUGUUAUCAUCUGCUCUCUUGUAAAUGCAGGCCAGAAAGUUACAUAUAUCUCAAUGUUUUGUUCUACAGGUAAGAGGAAGAAGUGCUGGAACAGUGAUGAGUAAGGUGUCAACUCCAAAGUCUGCUGCUGGUGAGAUUGUUCCUAAGGAAUAUGAUGUCAUUGAAGAGGUCAUAACAUUACUAGGGAGAAUGGAAAGUGACAGACUUUCAACUCAAGAUGGCUUGGUUAAAGAAAGAGAACGAGUGCAGUUCCUCAGAAAUGAGAUUGAUGCUCAGGCCUACAAGCGCAUGCAUGAUCUUCCACUGGCUGUGCAAAGGGGUAAACAAAAAAGAAUUCACUAGCAUUUAAGAUAUUUCUAAAUUCACCAAAUGAGCAUGCUUAACAUACCAAAGAUACUUUACUUUGAAACAUAUUGUUGUAUUAACUCUUACUGGUAUUCCUCAUAACCUAACACAGGUUUGCUGUGGAUGUCUUUUACUGACUCAUAUUUGUUUUUUGUAUAAUGCUCAAGACAGAAUGAGGUUCAGUUAGUUUCUCUCUUCUUUAUAGAGCAUGAAGCCUGUGCUAUUGAUAUAAAUGAGUUAAGAUGGCAUUGUGCUUAUCAAGGCAGAAUUGAAGCCAGGAUCAAGGAAAGGGUGCAUCAUGCAGGUGUGAUUUUGAUUUAGUCAAUUAUCCUUUCCUAGUUUAUACAUGUGUAAUGCUGAGAUAACACUGAAUUUUACUGCUUUUAAGUCACAGGACACUGUCCAACCACUCAAUUAAUUUUGAUUAGGUUGUUUAAUAGAUGUUACUCCAUAAAUUACUUAUAUUAGCAAGAUAAUCAAAUUCCAUGUUGCUUUUAUUUCCUUCUGUAGAAGUUAGACAUACAAAGGUUUUGCAAGAUCUGAGCAACAUACAGAAACACUGGUGAGUUAACAGGGUUCAUCACAUUUGUUUCAUUUGUCAGUUGUGUACAGUGACAUCUCCUCUGGGAAUUCCUUGCACACUUCCUUAAUGAACAACAGUCUUAAAACUUGAACAAAAUAAUAGAAUUAUAAUUUUUUUAUUAGGUGAUAGCAUGUUUUCUGAUGUAGAUGCUAAACACAUGGUGCUCUCCCUUAUUUCAAGUACAACAAGUAGAACAAAAUUUCAAAAGGGAAGAGCAGUCUGUUUACCUGUUGAAUUAAUGAGGAUUCCAAACAAUUUUUUUGGAGGUAAUAAGAGGCAAUACAGGUAGUAAAUUUUACAAGUUACCACCUGAAAACUACAUGCAAAGUUCUUUUGUCUCUCAAAUCUACUCACUUUUUUAAAUCCUAAAUAUUGUCAUGGUUGGAUAUAUUUGGGACAGUUUAUUAUAUUGUCCUUGUAAGAUUAAAUUAAUGUUUUGAUUAAGGUUUUAUCUAAUGAAUAAAAUUAAUGAAUUUGCAUUUUCAGUCCUUUGGUUGAAGAGAAACUUGAUCUAGAAGGUGAAGCAAUGUCGAGCAUACAACUUAAACAAGAUGAAACAGAUGAAGAAUUAAGUAAUACUCUUGAUAGACUAGAGGCUACAGAAAGAAAAACAGCAGAAGCUCAAGGAAAAGCUACCCAAGAAAGGGCUCUAAUAAAACAGGAGGUUGAUGUUGUACGCAAUGAACUCAAUGCUGUCAGGUAUUUAUUUUUUUUUUAUAAAUGUUUUAUUAAACAUUUUAAAUAGCCCAUUCUGGAGCUAGUUAUGAAUUUUCUCCCUCUGCUUGUCCAGCCUGUAAGCUGGCAGUUGUUAAGGAUUUUUUAGUGCUUGGACUGUCACUGUGCUUUGAGGGGAGCAAAGAAUUGAAAAUUGAAACAGCUCACUGCUUGUUCUUUUUACACUUUUGGCUUUAUGUCAAUUUGGGUCCACAAGACUGCUAGUUUCACAAGCUAUUGAUUUUUUCAGCAUUACAAAUUGACUAUUAAAAUUUAAUACAUUAAGUGUAAUUGUACAUUACCUGGAGAGUAAAAAGGGAUGAGUGAGGCCAAAUUGGCCAAAAUAUUAAAACUCAAUGAAAUCAUGUUCUCUGCAUACACAUGAAAGUAAAUUAAUUUUUGAUAAAAAAUAUUGACAAUUGUAUGUGUAUGAGUGAUUCUGUGUCACUUUUGCAGGGAAUGGUAGUGACAAAGUAAAUAGUGAUGACUGCAACAUAUAAUAUUUGAUCCUCUGCCUUAAGUUAGCUUUACAAGCAUUUGAAAAAGAUGACUUGUAUCGUUGGAUUCUGACCUAAAAUUAUUCAGUUAAUAUUAAUCACUUCCUUGUGUCCCAUGUAAGUUGAAAGUCCCUAUCAUUUUCAUUUGUGGUUAAAUUAAUGGGGUGCAGUAUCUCACACCCAGUUAUGCACUGCUAGAGAAUAGCCCAUGAACAACCCCUGAAAAUUAUUACAACAAUAAAUAAUUUAUAUAUUUUUUUAACCAAACAGCGAUGAACUGGCACAAUUAAGGAUGUACUAUACGUCUAACACACAUACUAUGAAUGACAUCAGAAACACUCUCACAGAAAAUGCCGAACAGCUUGUAGUGCUGGGUGAGUUUUUGUAAUACAAGUGUGUGUAAAUUUUUUAAAACAAGAAUUAUUGCUUUAAAUGCAAGAGUUGAGUAGUUAAAGUUAUGUGGCCAGAGGAGCUACUGUAUGUCAUGUUCUGUCCACCCUGAAAAGUGAAUCAGCAUAAAUUCUUUUAGUGUAUCAUUUGGAACCAUUUCCAUCUUCACCCCCCUUAGCUAUCCAGACUCCUUUUGAUUUACUCUCAUCUCUACAGUGCUUUUUGUCCUAUCAAACAACUACAUGUAUUUGAAAAUCCAGUUCCUUUGGAAUGCAGUGCUUUAUAAUGAUCAAAUCUGAUCAAACUAUUUGAAGCUCAAAAAUAUGGGCACAAUUCAACCAGCUUAUUCUGUUACUUCAGUCCUGUUGCAUUUUCUUGACUUUAGCCGUUUGACUCAGUGUUUUCUCCAUUGCAUUGGUCACUUCAUUUUCAAAUUGUAUAUCAACAGCAAGUUGUAUGCUUUGUUUUUCAGAAAGAAGAGAAGAAAGAAUCAAGGCCUUAGAAGCAACUCAGCAAGACAAGGUUAUAACCACAUCCGUGAUAAAUCUGUUUCACUUGUAAUCCGACUUUUUGUAACUGAUUUCUCACCUGUCGUCUCUGUGGGAGAUGCAACAUAACAUAAACAUGUGUACCUCUCUGCACUCGCGAGUAUAAAUGGAGCCAAAUGGGAACUGGCAAACUUUUUUGAGACGCCUGACAAAAUACUGAGGGGACAAUUGGUAACAGAUUGCUUUUUCGCUUGGGAGAGUAUAGUGACACUCAUGUUAGCUUCAUACUAUGAAUAGUGGGUUACACGCCAACUGUGUGACAACAUGAGUCUUUUAGCACGUAUACCAUUCUACACUUUACUCCUUCAGCAGAAAGUAAAAGAGUUGUUCAUUUUUUUUAGGUGCAAAGAAUUCGAGAAAAAAUUGUAGAACAAGAAGCAGAACAUAUAAAGCUUGUAGAUGAGAACAACAAGCUGAAGACGGACAAGCAGAUAACAGUAAGUGAACUUGUUGUUGACAGCUGAGACUGUCACUGCGAUAUGUUGGAGAAUGAGCAAUCAAUAUAUGGAUUCCACUUAAAAUUUCAAUGCACUGUUCAAAGCAGACGCUUAUGACGAGAUGCAGACUAUGAAGAGUCUUACAUUCCCGUCAGAUAUUUUAAGUUAUUUUAUUUGUAACUUGGUAGCUUCUUUAACAUACCUUGGUGGAAUAACAGAAAUUAUCGUUUUCCAGAAUACGCUUUUUUUCGAAUAGAUAGCAAAAAGCCGUAGAUAGCAAGAAUGAUUGAGGAUGUAGAGAAUCUAACUCUAAGCGAAGAACAAUUUGAAAGCUUCUAUGAUAAAUUUUUCCAGAUGCGCAAAUUCUAAGUUUUCUUUCAUUCCAAAGAAUCCGAAAUAUUAUGAAUGCGCAUAUUACAGCUCUUUUGAUAACAACUGAAAGCCAUUUGUAUCUUGGAAGUUUUGCAAUUUUUGACAUCCUUACUUAUUUCUGAUAUUUUUGUGGCUCUUUAAGCAAGCGUCUAUGGAAAGCGAAAAUAGCAAGUUGGAGCUUGAAAUCAAGAAUGCUUCCAAGAAACUUAAGGACUUAACCAGAAGAAUCAAAGAAAGCAAAGCUGAAAAUAGCAAGCUGAACAUGAAGCUGGAACAAUGGUGUGUAAUGAAUGGCCUUUUUAAAGGGGUUUUCUAAUUAGCAUAUAAAGAUUCUAUACAAUGCGUUGCUUAAAGAAAAAUUUUUAUUCCGGAGCGCGGAAAAAUGAUUCACCGUCCCGCUUGACCUUGCUGUUCGUGUGUGUCUUGCGCUUUCCCCCGCUCCUCUGAAAAACGCUCAAGAUAAUGCGUAUUCUUCACGCUGUAUUGUAAACGACUGUAUUGUAAACGACUAGAGAGGAAAAUGGCUGUGUAUAACUUAUAUAGGCUGCGCGUCAGUUACUCAAUUAGGUUUUCAAGUCCAAAAAGGCGUCGAUCAAAGUAAGUUUCUCUCAAGUGGUGAUCUCUUUUUUUUUCCUGACAGUGCGAAACAAAAAAUUGCGGAUGAAAAGGCUGUGAAGAGAGCACAACAGGAGAUGGAAAAAAUUGAAGAGCAGAUGGAGGUAUAUGCAUGUGCAUCACUAUGUAGUAAUCUUGGGUGUAGCUUUUGUUGACCUUUAAAUUAUAAAUCGUUUUACAUUGGAAUUUUGGACUACAAAUACAGAGGGUGUACUUCCAUGUAAGGCAAAUUCUUGAUGAACUGUGUGAUAAGUGUUGUGUAAUAAUUAUUGCAAUUGUUGUUGUAAAUUACGAUGUCAAAAAUAACUAUGAACCCGAUGACAGUGAUGCAUGUGUGAAGGGUUUGAUUAAGCACCUCGAUCUUUAUUUUUUCCUUAAAAUCAGAGUCAACACUUGGAAAAAAAAAACCAAAUUACUUGACCUUAAAUUCCAAAAACUUAAGGAGAGAUCUUAGAACAGAACAAAGUUAUUUGUUUCUUAAAAAAAUUGAUUGCAGUGCGCUGCAUGGUGGACGAAUGAAGCACCUUCAUGACUUAGUCGAACAUAUGUCUUACGAUGCGCUUAAGGCUGGGAGGUCGACUUUCCAAAAUUUCCAAGGGCCGUUGAUUUCCUUUUUCACGUCUCAGGUGGCACUUUUACUUUUACUGAACGCGAUACUAACAGUAUUACUAUUGCUCAGGUUUCCAAGGAAGAGACGAAGAAAGUCGAGGUUCUUCAUGACAACCUCUCAGAAGUUCUAGUCGUCAAGAAAGAAGAAGUGAUGGGUAUUGAAGAAUCACUGAAAACUACUGCUGAUGCACUCAAGAAACAACUUAAGGACGAAGCUCAUGCUAGGACUGUUCUACAGGUCAGUGAAGAUAACGCACCACUCUUAUUGUUCUCUAUGGUUGUCGGAAUCAUUCUAGUCGUCUCAAAAGCCCCUAAGGUAAAAGGACGAUUUUGCGCGAUUUUCGAAGCUACCUCUAUGACCAUUAACGACUUGAACGAGUGGAACCAUGGCAAUGUAAGGCUAAUGUAUGCUUUCUCUUUUCCCGCUAGGCAAGGAUCACAUCCGACACACAGGACCUUGCCAAGACACACGUUGACUCCAAAAAGAAACGAGAAAAAGUAAGUUUUGUCUAGUGUCAUAAAUUGUUGUAGAAAUCUUUAAAAUAAUCAUCUCUAAGGUAUACCAUACAAAAAAACAUUUUGUACCUGUCAUUUCUUGCAACUGAGAGGUGGUAAUUUUUUCCUCUUUUAGGCUACACAGCGGGCAGAGGAAAUGGUAAAGCUUGUUGAUCACGUGAAAGACCAGGUUGGUAGUUUUUUUUUGUGCGUGUUUUAACCUUGAGAUAUUAUGGAAUGCCUAUGUUCUUUGAGCAGAUGAAAAGAAAUAACCGACUGACUCACUGACUGGCCCACUGAUCGAUUCAUACUGCAUGACGAAGGGCUAACGCUCGAAACACCGCUAGCUUUAGAAACUCUCUACGCUAUUAUCUUUGUUGAUAAAAUCACAUUAUGUUGUAAUGCCCUCACCGACGCAGCACCGCAGUAUUAAUAGAAACUUAACUCCUUCAUUCGAAACUCGAGGAAUUGACAGGCUAAGUGACUGAUGGUUUUUGUAACUAAUGAAAUGACCAACUGAUUGAGUGAUUGAUUUAUGGACCGACGACAGACAGACUUGCGGACUGCUUGACUUGAUUGUUUGAUUGAUUGAUUUCCUCAGGUUUCAAAACUGGAAAAGAUUCAUAAUGAGAGACAAGAGGUAAGCUAUAGAAAGACUUAUUCUCUCAGAUUUACAUUUCGUGAUCAGAUAAGAUUUUUUGAUAAAGUUUUCAUCAAUUUCAUCUGCAACUUCCGUUUUUUCAUGUUGUUUCUUCACUGUAUUAGACCAUCGCGCAACUUAACAAGAUUUUGGACAAGGUGAAACAACAAUACAACGAUAUGGAAUCGAAAUUCCAGGGUGAAAUCUCUGAGCUGCUCCCGAAAGAAGAGGAAUUAAAGGUUUGAUUGGAUGAAUUUUUGUGUUUCAUGUUACAUGACAUGCGUGGUUUCAUUCAGAGGUGCUAUCCAUGAGUAGAACACUUUCCCUUCACAUUUGAUUGGUCUAUUGCAGAAAGAAACCAUGGAAUUAACUAAACGUUUAGAUCACAUCACUUGGAAAUCCGAGAUGAUGGAGAAGAAAAUGGCGGACAUGGAGUCUUCCUCGCAAAUGAUGAACAAAGUCAUAGCCACAACCCAAGAGAAUAUAAAUGAUCUGAAGUGAGUAACUUUGUCGUAAACUGAUUGAUUUCUUUCUUCUUCUUUAUUCACUCAUUCAUAAUCUCACUCACUCAACUAUUUAAAGGCUUUCAUGCAUAAAGCGCGCUUUCUCAAGACCUAAACGUUCACAGAGCAAUUGUUAGACUAAAAGCAGUCCCUCCUUUUCGGCUUAGUCCGUCGUGCAAGUAAAAAAAAAACGGCGAAAAAAUUUUAUAAGAGCGCGCCGCGCGAAUCGCACUCCCAGAUUUCCGUGCGAAGCUCCAACGUCCAUUUUUUUUUCCGCUUAUAUUGUGUGACUCGCACGACGGACCUCACUGAAAAGUAGAGACUGCUCUUAGUCUAAGCGAUGGCGAAAUGAGUGUCGCAAGUAAUCUGCGGUUGCGUUGGUGAAAGAGCUCUUAUCCUCCGCACAUUGAUACCUUUAUCAGCGCUUGCUCUGAAGUUUUCCUUUUCGCGCGUACUGUACGUCUCUUCGCAGUUUCACUUGUAUAUCUAUCCUAACUUUUUCCUUUCUUACUCGUGUACAUAAACCCUGCAAGCACUGGAAAUAAUAUCAAAAAUGUUGUUUUUUUUAGCGAGGAAAUGACUGAAUUAAAGAUUCAAAUAGAGACAGGAUUUGAAACCGAGCAAGGCUUAAAGAAAUCCCUUCAACAACUUGAAGGUAUUUUGUACAUAAAUGCGACCCAUGCAGUGUUGUGAGAAUUAUCUGCGUCUCUCUCUGUUUCUUAACAUUUUUGGGUGAACUGAAGACUAUCGUGAAAGUAUCCUGCACACGCUUUACCGAGAUAGGAACAAGUCUCACUCUUUUUGUUAUGAGAACGAGGGAUUUUACUAGCAUAUUAUAUUUGUCACAAAAUCAUCUCUCAAGCAAGUUCUCCGGAGUUCCUAAAAACCCUAUGAAUAAAAACCAAAACGUGCUACCUACCAUUCACGUCAUGUUGUUCUAUCAAGCAAAACUUGCACAGAGCGCUAUUUAUAUAGUGAAGAACUUUGCAUGUGAUUUGACUUGUAGAGAGAAUCAAUCGAAGCAAAGAUAAUCACGAAAAGCAUAUGGAAGAAAGGGAUCAGGUGUUAACAACCAAUCAGGUAAUGAGAUUUGUUAUGUGGCGGGAAAACCUGAGUGAAACACAAUGUAUUAUAAUUUAUGCAAACAAGACGCUGGAGAGUGGAGGAAACUCCUCUUCAAAUAAAUGACAUGGAACUAUUUAACCCUUUACUCCCUAACAUCAGAAUGAAUAUUCUCCAAACUACUCUUAGACAUUUCCAAGGGUUCUGACAAGGAGAAUUUGUUCAACAAUCAAAAGCCUCUUUCGUUGAUGAUCAUUUCCUUUAUUCUCAUGACCUUAAUGUUUGAUUUAGGGGUGAUGUUGUCAGGAGAAAUUAGGUGUUAGUCACUCUUAGGGGUUAAAGGUUAACAAUAAGAUUAUGAGCUCGUUGUUUCUAUGGCGUGAUAGUUGAUGGGGCAAGGCCCUAAUCAGAGCGAAAAAUUUAUUUGUUUCAAUAUAAAUCUAGUGGACGGUCAAAACUUAACAAGACAGAAGGUUACAAGCUAAGCCCGUCACUGUAUUAGAAGUGAGCCCUUACUACCCAAUCAGACUUAAAGAAACUUUUUGACAAUUUUUCCCUAGAGAGGAGUAAAAACAGCCCUGAGUGAAAACAAGAAACUGGCGAUAGUUUACCAAAGGUCGCAAAACACCUUGUUGAAUAACAAAGCUGCUUUGCUGAGGCUUGUCGAGAGAAGAGUUAACAAUGAAGACAGCUUGAAAGAUCACAGAGAGGUGCUUUUAAGUAAAAUUGCUCAAAGUACCAUCAUUUCUUUGUAAUGGAGCAAUCUUUACGUCAAGAUGUUUUGCGAGUUUUUUUAUGGACUAAGACUUGAAGAGUACCGCAGGAUGUUGACUCAAAAAGACAGAAAACAAAAGAUAGGCAGUUAUGCACCAACAAUGAACAAGGCUGGUUAAAGAUUGGGGAAGAUUAGAACAGAUUUCAAAUGAUAACCGUGUCAAAGGAAGUAGGUUAGAUUUUUCGUCGGAGGAGGAGCAAAAGAGAGGCCAUACCGUAUACAGGGGAUAAGUUUCUGAAGAAAAUUUGCUGC